AUGGCAUCCGGAGUUCAUGUUAUGGAGAAACCGAUUCAACUUCAACAACAUCACCAACAACAGCAACAGCAACAACAACAUCAACUGCAACAACAACAACAACAUCAACCACAUGAAGCGUUGAAGUGCCCACGAUGUGAUUCAUCGAACACAAAGUUUUGCUACUACAACAACUACAGUUUGUCGCAGCCAAGACAUUUCUGUAAAGCUUGUAAGAGGUACUGGACCAGGGGUGGUACCUUGAGGAAUGUCCCUGUGGGUGGUGGUUGCAGGAAGAACAAAAGAGUCAAGAGACCAAUCACGACUACUGUUCAUGCUGCAGCUAACACGAACCCAAAUCAUAAUCAUAAUCAUAAUCCUAACCCUAGACCUAACCCUAGAGAUCAUAAUCAUCUCCAAUCUUCCACCACCUCAAAUAGUAACAGCAAUCAUCAUCUCAACCCUUUGUUUUAUGGGUUAUUACCUCAAAACCCCAAUUACCCAAGAUCUGAUGCUAGGGUUUCUAGCGUAAACGAAAACCUUGUUUCUGGUUAUGAUCUUCCUCAACCUCAUAUGAAUGUACAAGGAUUAGGGUUUUCGUCUAUGGGACAAGGAGGUUCACUUGUGGCUAACCAUGGUCAUAAUUCAAAUUUAACUUUUUCAAACUACAACUCCUCCAUGUAUGGUGGUGGUUCGACUACUAGCUCCACUAGUGCUCCUACCAUGGCUUCUCUCUUAGCUUCAAGCCUUAACCAGCAACAAAGAUUCAUGGGGUUUGCAAGUUAUGAUGGUGGUUCGAUGGUUAAAGAUCUGAAAAUGGAAGAAGCACGAAACAGGAUGGAAUGGAAUAACAACAAUUUUCAUGUACAUAAUAAGCAUGAUCAAAUCGAAGCGGCUGUUUCUUCUGAUCCGAAUUCUCUUCUAUGGGAUACCGAUGGUGGAGGUUGGCAGCUUGAUCCUUCAACCAACAUUGGUUCAUCGGUUCCUUCCUUGAUCUAA